UAAACCCAGAGAGGCCUCGCCUGCAAUCCAUGAGUGAAAGCCAAGGUGAAGUUACAGAGGAAAACUAGUGUGAAUUUGAUCGUUUCUCUCUUUCUGUUUACUCAUCCCCCCUUCUCUACGUUCCCCGCUUCUCUGAAUCCCUUUCUGUCAUCGUCUGUCUUUCAAACUUGAAAUUGAUUUUGUGGGUUUGGUUUUCUUGAUUUUGAGCACGCACAAGCACACAACGAAACAAACCCAUCAGGGUGGUUUUGAAAGUCAGGUGAUUCAGAAUAGAGAUCAGGUUCUUUUUUUUUUUUCUAUUUCUAUUUUGUCUUUCUAUAACGUUUUAGAUUUUCCUCUGAUCCAAACAACGGAGAGGGUUGUUUUUCUGUCCCUCGGGUUGUUUCUGGUGUCCUUUAAGCCUGUUCUUGGAUUUUGGUAUAAGAAACAGGUCGGUGUUAAGGUGUUUCUUUCUCUUUGUUAUAUUUUGUGUUGGAUCUUUGGUUUUUCUGAUUUUCUUGAGAAGCCAUGGCAGCAGCUAUAGAUUUAUACAGUAGCAGCAGCAGCAGCAGCAAUCCAGCUUUCUUAGAUCCCUUUGGGGAGGAGUUGAUGAAGGCACUUGAACCUUUUAUGAAAGGUGACUCGUUCUUCUCCUCCUCCGGCGGCGCCGCAUCUCCGGCAUCUUCUCCUUCUGCAAUUCCCCCAUCCCCUUCCCCUUCCUCCUCCUUUUCUUCUUCUUCUUCUUCCCCUCCUCGCUCUACUUCCCCCCUCUCUCCUCCCUCUACCUCUUACUCUUCAUCUUGCUACUCCCUUGAUUCAGAGACCAACUGGUUCUCGACACCCCCUGUGUUUUGUCAAGGGUUCUCGAGCUAUGAUCAAAUGGGUCUUGAGCAAUCGGGUUCAGUCGGGCUCAACCCCCUCUGCCCAUCUCAGAUCCUCCAAAUCCAAGCUCAAAUCCAGCUCCAGCAACAGCAGGAACACUACUUAGAUCCCGUGGUUGCCGCACCGUCAUCGAUCCGCAGGCAACAACAGAGUUUGACUGGCUUGCUUGGUCCAAAAUCCAUCCCGAUGAAGCAGGUUGGGGCCUCAUCAAAGCCGGCCAAGCUCUACCGCGGCGUGAGGCAGCGCCACUGGGGAAAAUGGGUGGCCGAGAUCAGACUCCCCAAGAAUCGAACUCGGCUUUGGUUGGGCACCUUCGAUACAGCGGAAGAAGCGGCCUUGGCUUACGACAAGGCGGCAUACAAGCUCCGCGGAGACUUUGCCAGGCUCAAUUUCCCCGGCCUCCGGCAUCAAUUGGGCCACCAGUUCGCGGAUUUCAAGGCUCUGCAUUCCUCAGUUGACGCAAAGCUCGAAGCCAUUUGCCAGAGCUUGGCCAAGCAUGGGAAGGUAGGGAAGGUCGGAAAACAGGACUCGAUGCCAAAGGCCACUUCGAAGUCGCGGAAUGCCUCUGACAAUUCGUCAAUCGUCGAUCUGGGUAGCCCGGGAACGAGUGACGUGAAGGCAGAAGGUUCGCCGUUGCAUUUCGACGAAUCAUCAGGCGGGUCCUCGCCGGAAUCGGAUAUUACGUUCCUGGACUUCUCGGAGCCUUCAUUGGACGAGUCGGAGAACUUCGCGUUGGAGAAGUUCCCAUCUGUGGAGAUAGAUUGGUCGGCUCUCUAGCUUAAUUCCUCUUUUUCAGUAGUGAUCUCAGAAGUAGUAGGAUCUCAGAGGUCGUGUCGUCGUCGGGUAGUAGCUUCUGCAAAUGGAGUUUUUGACAUUUGCCGAGGGGUCUAGGAUAGGUGUCAGUUGGUGAUCAUCAUCAUCAUGUAACUUAUGAUUUAUGUUUUUGUCGUUGGUCUGGUGGGCGGCUAGUGUUUUUCAAUCUAGCUUUGGCCAAAGAUCAGUAAUUUCAGGCGUCUCGUAGCUUUGCUUGCUUGUAAUUAUUUAAUGAAGAUUGUAUAAUAAUGAUAAUAAUAAUAAUGCGUUCUUCGUUA